UGAUUUGCUGUAUAUACGUGUUGGAAAAAGAUCGGUAGUGCAGAGAGUCUCUUCUUCUUAUCAGCAUUGCCACGCCUAGUAUCAUCCAUUAGGUUGUCACAUACAUUACAACAGCAGUGCCAAUUCUUCUACUGAGGCUAACACAAAGGAUCUGCAUAACAAGACGGUGUUUGGUGAGGCAAUCAAAAUACCGAAGAUUCCCCACGAAAAGGUGGUACUUGCAUACUUUCGGUACAUUUUGUAUCGUAAACUAUGAUUGUGCCGUUAUUUGUUGUGUUUGUGGCGAACCUUGGAUUGUGCCAUGGUUACUGCACGUCCGACGAAUCUUGUUGGCCCAGUUCCUCGCGACAAGCACAGCUGAAGGCGUCAUUGAGCGGAAAGCUUUAUCUUACAGGCGACACCAAUUUUUCUGCAAUAGCGAAAGUCGUUUACAAUACACGAUAUGCUGAAAAACCCGCCAUCAUCGUUGAACCCUAUACCGACCAGGAUGUCCAGAAGGUGAUUGUCUUCGCCAACGAAUUCAACAUUAGGAUCUCCGUGGUGUCUUCCGGCCACGAUUACAUCGGGAGGAACACCGCCGCCAACAAUAUACAGAUCAACAUGAGCAAGAUGAAGUAUCUCAAAGUGAACCUCAAUGACUCGGCCAGCGACACUGGGAUGUCUGCCACCACAGAGAUGGGGAACUUCUGGGGGGCAAUAUACGAGGAGGUCAGUGGGAAAUACAACAAACUCAUCGUUGGCGGCAGCUCGGAGACGGUCUCUCCGGCGGGGUACACUUUGGGGGGCGGUCACAGCCCCCUCACCAGGAAACUCGGGCUUGCCGUGGAUAACGUCCUGGAAAUCACGGUCGUGACUGCCGAGGGAUACAUCGCCAACCUGACCUCAUCGUCCACCGUGCUGGUCGACAAGAACGGAGUGGUCAAUACUUCGACUAACACCGACUUGUUUUGGGCUCUGCGCGGCGGCGGAGGCAGCACGUUUGGUGUGGUCACUCGAAUUAAAUACAGGAUCCACGACCCGCCUGCGGAUGGAUUUGUUUAUGCAAC